GCGUUGUGACAACCAGUACACACGGAUUACAAUAAUGGCAUUUAAAUUCGCAGUUUUCGCCGCCAUCGUGGCAGUAGCUAACGCCGUUGCUAUUGGAUAUCCAGCUGCUUACCCGGCUGCAUACCCUGCCAUUGCCAAGGUUGCUGCCCCAGUUCUGGCAAAGGCCGUCGACGACUACGAUCCAAACCCACAGUACAGCUUCAGCUACCACAUUGCUGAUGCCCUGACCGGAGACAACAAGGAACAGCAGGAAUCCCGUUCGGGAGAUGUCGUAACUGGAUCGUACGCUCUAGUUGAACCCGAUGGCACUCGUCGUGUUGUUGAGUACACUGCUGAUCCCGUCAACGGAUUCAACGCUGUUGUCCACCGCGAACCACUCGGCGUCAAGGCAGUCGCCAAGGUUGCCGCUCCGCUCGGAUACCCAGCUGCCGCUCAUUUGGGAUACCCAGCUGCCGCUCAUCUAGGAUACCCAGCUGCCGCUCAUCUAGGUUACCCAGGUGCCGCUCAUUUGGGAUACCCAGCCUAUGGCAAGGCCAUCGUUGGUUAAGCUUCAUACCAUCUACCUAACUCUAUCAAACUUUCCUCACUUCUUUUCAAAAAAUUCCAUUCUACUAGAAAGUCAUUAGCGUAAACUCUAUUUAUUUAUCAUGUCUUACUGCUAUCUCAUUUCUGUUUGCUGUCCUAUUCGAUACUUCUAUUUAUUUUCCUAAAAGCUACAAACAGUGAGUCUUCUAGUUAUUCCAAGCUCAACUAAGCGCGUGUACAAAAGGUAUAUGUUUGUAAAUACAAGCCAUUUAAUUAUAAUUUAAUUAUACUAGUGUGCAACGAGAUGCAGUUGAAAGCAUCUUUUUCCUUGACUGUGUGACUAAAGCAGAGUGUAAAUUAUGAUAGAAACUAGACAAUGUGAUGCAAACGCAUCAUGUUCAAAUAAACGCAAUUUCUCUAAAAGAA